CAGUUCAUCACGAUGAACCGCCAGCACAACUUUACGAAGUCGCGGAUAAAGGAGAUCUUCGUCGACUACCUGAACACCGAAUUCCUGCGCUAGCUAGCAUGCGUCUGCGCCGGGCGUGUCGAUCGCCGCAGCUAUGACAUACGCAGCACUGUGUUGGCACUCAUACUCACGAGUAGAUCAGCUUGUAGGAGGAAGAUCGGCCAUCGUGGACGGACAGAAAACAAGGAGAGUGAAACAGGGAAGUGCCACGUGCGGGACGUGGCUACUCCCGGAUCUUGCAGGAGCUUCUUUCUUUCCUCCGUCCGCUCGGCGGUAUGGCAGGAUUUCAAGAUCUCCAUGUUCCACUGAUCCGAGCCGAGCGGACGGGCGUUUUCGCGAUUUGGAGACACGUUAGCGGCGGUAUCGGCGGAUGCAGACUGUGGGCACGACAUCCUGCAGUAAGUACAUACGUACCAUACAUACCUACAGGGUCACAGUAUGGUCGUGUUUUGGAAUGGUAUGGUUGGGUAGAGACCCACGUUGGGGUUGACAGCUGGGGUUGGUGUUCGUUUCCCCGGAUUCCGACUUGUUCCGAUGGCCCAUCGUUUCUCACGAUGUCGCAUCUUACCCCAGCUUUCUCUCACACCCCAACCGUUCCCAUCCCAUCCCAUCCCAUCCCAAUCAUCACCUCGCAAAGCGUCGGCCGAAGCACACGACCAAAAAAAGAAAAAAAAAGAAAAGAAACAAACAAACAAUCUGAGACACAGCCAUACCUCCCCAACUGCCGCGCAGACUCGAAUAUUCCUGCUCGACUGACAUGGCGUGACACACUGCUGAUUCCCUCCUCCCCUCCACUCCGCUCCCAUCCCAUCCAACCAUCUCUCUCCCCCACACGUUCCCACAGUCCCAACGACGACGAUAAGCUUUGACUCUAGACCGUUCCUUUUUCCUCUCCUGGACUUUUUUUUGCGUUUCCCAGGGUCUAGGUAUGGGGAAAUCUGUUUUUCAUCAGGGUCCGGACGAAACCGACGGUGUGGAGCGGGUG